AUGGAGUUCUCGCUCAAACUUCAGUAUUACUGUCUUGUGUGUGUCAUGGUGCUAUUACCUGCACUGUGUUACUCAAAGGACUAUUUCGUGAAGUCCAGAGCAACUUACUAUGGCAGUUCCGACGGCUUAGGCACUACAAGUGGAGCUUGCGGGUUUGGAGAAUACGGAAGAAAUAUCUCUAGUGGCAAUGUCGCUGGGGUUUAUAGGCUCUACAAGAAUGGAGUUGGCUGUGGUGCUUGCUAUCAGGUUAGGUGCACAACAAACCCUCAAAUCUGUACUAAGAAAGGGGUGAACGUAGUGGUGACUGACUAUGGCCAAGGCGACAACACCGAUUUCAUCCUCAGCCACCACGCAUAUGAAGUGAUGGCACGACCAGGCACCGCGGAUCGUCUGUUUGCUUAUGGAGUUGUUGGUGUGGAAUACCAAAGGGUUCCCUGCCAAUACGUUGGUCAUAAGAUCCAGGUUAAGGUUCAUGAAUAUAGCAGAAACCCAGAUUACUUGGCCAUUAUAAUGUUGUACCAAGCCGGUAAAAGUGAUAUCCUAUCCGUUGAUAUUUGGCAGCAGGGAAAAUGGGUAGAAAUGAGAAGGUCAUUUGGGGCAGUUUUCGACAUGCCAAAUCCACCAUUGGGAGCCAUCAGUUUGAGGUUCAAAGUGCACGAUAACGCCGGCAUCAAAUGGCCAAAGGCUGUCAUUCCUCGUAAUUGGAAAGCUGGAGUUGCUUAUGAUACCGAUAUUCAGCUUCAGUAAACCACAAUUCUCAGCUAUGGUUGCUUUGUGUUUGUUAUUACGUCAGUAAGUGUUUGUUUAUUAUAUUUUCUUAAAAAUAAAGUGUGUAUUAAUUUAUAAUAAGACAGCAAGCAAAGUGAUCAAACUUUUGCUUUGUGCUGAAUAAACCCAAAAGGUUGGGUACUUGUAGUUUCCCUGAUAUAUUUAUUUGUGUGUAAUCAAUAAAGUUCUCUUUUG